AUGGCGGUGAGGAAUGCUCUGCUCAAGUACCUGAGAGUCGACGUGAACCCGGCGCUAGCGAUUCGAACAACCGGCGGCGGAUUGUCACAGCUCAUAAAGCGAUGCUACUCUGAAGAAGCUAGAGGCACGUUCCUCGACAAAUCGGAGGUCGCCGACCGUGUUAUCGGGGUUGUUAAGAAGUUUCAGAAAGUCGAACCUUCGAAGGUUACACCAAAUGCCCAUUUCCAGAACGAUCUUGGGCUGGAUAGCUUGGAUGCAGUUGAAAUUGUGAUGGCUCUUGAAGAGGAGUUUGGAUUUGAGAUUCCAGACGAUGAGGCCGACAAAAUCAACUCCAUCAAAAUGGCUGUUGACUUCAUCGCAUCUCACCCUCAGGCAAAAUAGAGAGAUAGGUAGAGAAGCAUUUCGUGCUUUUGUGGGUUUGAUUUCCUUUCCUUCCCUUCCCUCUUUUGAUUAUUUUGAUGUUUCAAUGAUUCCUAUUUAUGCUGCAUAAAACACUCCCCUUGCCUGAUUAUGGAGAACUUUGGAGAAUGAGGUCAAUUUUGUGUUUGUGAUAAGCUUCCUUCCCACCAUCUUUGUGUUAUUAUAACUAUUAUAUUAUAAAUUUAGUCUCUAUACUCUCGAGGAUGGGUAGGGUGUUGAGCACAUGAACAUUUACUUUCUUGCGCCUAUGUGUUUUCGGUUCAUACAAUAUAUUUGUGUUCUAUUAAUAAUACUCCCUCAGUUCCAAACA